UUACCAUUUUUUUUGUGAUCUGCCAUAUUUCUGAAGGUGAAUGAUAAAUCCAUUUUGGUUUCAAUCACUUAUUGAUACCUGGAAGAGUGGGGUAGAAGUGGUAUAUCCUGCUGCUUCUGAUUUGGGAAAUAGCAGACAAAUAUAUAUAUAGAUUAAGUCCCUAGUUUUUCUCUUUCCUGAUGUUGUUUGCUUCUUUUUUUUUUUUUUCUCAGAGCUACAAUUUUGUUGACUCCCAGUUCAGACUUCCUUCUCUCCCAUUGCUUCAUCUUACAUAGUAGCUUUUUGCAUUAGCAGUGCAAGGAGCUUUAUCCCCUUAUGGGUGGAAUUUGCUGUGCCUGGAAGGUGCUGUUCUCCAUUUGAUGUGAUGAGGAACUUGUGCUAGCUCCAGUUUGUUUUAAACUGCUGCUGUGAGCACUUCCCUGUCCAUUCCUUAAUGUGUGUUGGUUUUUCCCCCCUUCUGUUACUGCAGUGGUUUGCUUAUUGCAGCAGCAGGGAAGUGUCUUUUUGCUGAAGCAUUUACUCUGUUCAAUAUGAGUUUUUCAAAGACAUCCUUGUCUCUUGGUGUAGCUGAAGAAGCUGAUUUUAUAGGAAUGGAAGUGUUGCUUGAAUAUUUUUUCUCUGUGGAUCACUGUUCAGCUGCUAUGUUUUCCAUGACUAUACAAAACCAGAAAAGAUGAAAUCUAUAUAUAUGUUUUUUUAGUGCUGAUUCCUUCCUCAAGCAGAACUUGGCAGAUUUAUUACAGAUGAGAUGCGGACAAGCAGUGACUUGAAACAUGAUUGAGACAGACGGCCUCAUUGUAGUCACUCCCAUGAUUUUAGAGUUGUGCCAGACAAGCCUAGAGACUGGCAUGGACAUGAUUUUGUAGAAAUUUAGUAGAAUUAAUUUUAACUUAGGUUAUCUACUCUAUAUUUGGAAUUGGGAUUCCAAUUAUGAAAGCUUAUCUGUGGCAACUUAAAAACUUAAAAAGAUUUAGUCAUCUACAUUUAAUUUACUACAUGAACUUUGACUUCCAUACUAAAUAAAGAGAUGGUGCUUCAAGAUGGUUUUCCUGACUCAUACAAGAAGUUCUUUACAAGUAGUGGAGUGCUUGCAGUUUCUUCUCCUCUUUGUGUUUUGCUGUCCACUAAAUAUACAUUGGUGGAAACUGCUGUCACUAAAAACAUCUUACCUAUUGAACCCAAAGUAUAAUGCUUUUUGAGGUUGCUGCUCCCAUCAAUCUGCUCAAUAAAAGUAGCUCAUCUUGUAAUGGAGGAGAAAGUUCGAGUCGCAGCGCAGAGAAACGGGCAGCUAAUGAAGAAGCUGAAGACUUCACCACAAAGCCUGCUCCUGCCAAAAUGUCCAAGUUUGGAUUUUCCAUAGGCAGUCAGACAACAAAGAAGGCAUCUGCAAUAUCCAUCAAACUGGGAGCAAAUAAGCCUAAAGAGCCUGUUCCAACCCUGGCUCCAAAAACCCUUUCUGUAGCAGCAGCUUUCAACGAAGAUGAAGAUAGCGAACCAGAGGAAAUGCCCCCUGAAGCCAAGAUGCGCAUGAAGAACAUUGGAAGGGAUACACCAACCUCAGCAGGACCAAAUUCGUUCAAUAAAGGAAAGCAUGGAUUUUCUGACAACCAGAAGCUAUGGGAACGAAAUAUAAAAUCUCAUCUUGGAAAUGUCCAUGACCAAGAAAAUAACUAAAUGAUGUGGAUUACAAGUUGGGUGUUUGGGGGGAGGGGAGGGUGUAAAAUUAAAGGAACAGUUUCCUUUUUUAAGAAUGGUAUGAGACUAUCUUUGGAGCCACUUUUUUAAGACUUUGAGUGGUACACUAAUAAAUGAGUUUGAAAUUAGAGGUAAUUUAUGUUUUGUAUACAGAUUUCAAGGCAUUUGCUAAUUUUGUAGGUCAUGUGAUUAGUUUCAAAAGGUUACAGAUAAUAAAGAAAUUGGAGUGGUACCUUUUUAAGAUAAUUUUUUUUUGUCAGUGAUUAAAUUAGGUGGAUAAAAAAAGGUUACUGUCUCUUUAAUCAGGUUAAAAUUGAAUGUUCUUGCAUUCUCACUUCUGGCUCCCUCUUCAUUACAGGAGAAACAGUUGACUCCUAUGAAUUCUGCUAAAGAGAGUGAGCAUUGUCUUGUACUAGAAGUGUUACUGGACUAUUACUUUGAAUAUAAUCUUACACAGGAAAUAGUAAGAAUUUGGAUUUUUUUUCUCCCUGCAGUCACCUUUUGUUAAGUCUCUGCAAACUAGGAAUUACGUUGCUCUGAGUGGCUCUGGUAACUUAGCUCUGAUUUUGUUUAAAAUUUCAUGUAGGGUGUGUAACCUUCAGUGGCCUGUUCUGUCCUAAGGAAAUGGGCCUUGUCUGUAUAUUAGAUACAGUCUGUAAAGAAUAUUCAUUACGAAGGUAAAUCAGUAUUUUCAGUGUGCUCCUUUUAAAUCAUUAGCCUUGAGUAGUUCUUGUUAGCAUUUCCUAGUGGUACACAAAAGCCACCACCAAAAAUACAAGCUAAUGUACAUUAAGCUUCACCUUUGGUUGAAAUAUUUUUCUUUACUAUGCCUAGAAGGAAUAAAAGCCACACCAAAAAUCGGUAACUCACUGCUUAAGUAUGAAAAAUCUAAGAUGCAUUUUCCCUGUCUUGCCAUUUGAGACAAAAUGCCUUGAUGCCUAUGAUCUCAGUGGAUGCUAUCAGGUCAAAGAAUGCUGUAUUUGCAGUCCUGAUGUUCCUAACAAGAAUCAGCUUCAGAAAUAAAACUUGACCUUUUCCUGCCUGUCUUCCUUUUGCAGUGAUUCUCCACAGUGGCAUGAAUCUGGUCAGUUUAUUUCUUAGCUUCCAUAUUGCAGGGCAGUGCUGAAGGAUUUCAGUGCUAGUAAUGACUGUCUAAAUUUCAGUCUAAUUUAGACUGCAUCUUUGUAAAAACAUUUUAUUAACAGAACUGGUUAAAUUGAACAGCAGUUUAACUGGUUAAAUUAACAACAGCAAUACCACCACCUGCCCCAACAGCACCACCUCCCAUAACCCAAAUAAACAUAAGGUUCUUUUUAAACUCAAAUACCUGAUAGUGUCAACCACUGAAUUUCAGCUGGGAAAUGGUUGUAGCAUUCAAUAUAUUAGUUGCUUUCAUCCUGCCUCUAAAACUGUCUUCUUGCUAAAGUUGAACUUGCAAGUGCAGAAAGGAAAGUGCAUCUUGAAAUGUAUUUUUUUAUUAUUAUUUUAGGAAAGCUCUGACCACUUAGACUUUUGAGUUUGUAAGUUCUAAAAAUAUUUUUUGUAUUUUUGUAUUGUAUGUGUAAUCUUUUUUCUUUUGAAGUCUGAUGCAGUUGAAUACCUGUAACUGUUUUCUUUUAAAAGCCUUGUUAUAAACUUAACAUAAAAAGGUAUACAUUAUUUUUCUUCCAUAGCAGAAAUAUUUGGUUUAUUUAAAACACACUUUCAAAACUGACUUUCAGGCCUUCCAAAACCAAUUUGGGCAUUACUGGAACUAGGCAAGACAAACUUUUCACUUAUUUUCAUCACAUGUGGUUAUGUUUGUCUAAAUAAAUCCCUUUAAGAUAGUGGAAAUCCAUAGUGAA